CCUCACCGAAUCUGCAUGACUCACAAUUCGCUGCUUAACUAUGGUCUCUACCGAAAAAUGGAAAUCUAUCGCCCUCACAAAGCCAGUGCUGAGGAGAUGACCAAGUACCACAGUGAUGACUACAUUAAAUUCUUGUUCUCCAUCCGUCCAGAUAACAUGUCCGAAUACAGCAAGCAGAUGCAGAGAUUCAACGUUGGUGAGGACUGUCCAGUAUUUGAUGGCCUGUUUGAGUUCUGUCAAUCGUCUACUGGUGGCUCUGUGGCAAGUGCUGUGAAACUUAAUAAGCAGCAGACGGACAUCGCUGUGAAUUGGGCUGGGGGCCUGCACCAUGCAAAGAAGUCCGAGGCAUCUGGCUUCUGUUACGUCAAUAAUAUCGUCUUGGCCAUCCUGGAAUUGCUAAAGUAUCACCAGAGGGUGCUGUAUAUUGACAUUGAUAUUCACCAUGGAGAUGGCAUGGAAGAGGCCUUCUAUACCACAGACCAGGUCAUAACUGUGUCCUUUCAUAAAUAUGGAGAGUACUUCCCAGGAACUGGGGACCUACAGGAUAUUGGGGCUGGCAAAGGCAAGUAUUAUGCUGUUAACUACCCGCUCCGAGGUGAGAUUGAUGACGAGUCCUAUGAGGCCAUUUUCAAACCGGUCAUGUCCAAAGUAAUGGAGAUGUUCCAGCCUAGUGUGGUGGUCUUGCAGUGUGGCUCAGAUUCCCUGGCUAGGGAUCGGUUAGGUUGCUUCAAUCUGACCAUCAAAGGGCAUGCCAAGUGUGUGGAAUUUGUCAAGAGCUUCAACCUGCCUAUGUUGAUGUUGGGAGGAGGUGGUUACACCAUUCGUAAUGUUGCCCAGUGCUGGACAUAUGAAACAGCUGUGGCCCUGGACACAGAGAUCCCUAAUGAGCUUCCAUACAAUGACUACUUCGAAUACUUUGGUCCAGAUUUCAAGCUUCACAUCAGUCCUUCCAAUAUGACUAACCAGAAUACUAAUGAGUACUUGGAGAAAAUCAAACAGCGACUGUUUGAGAACCUGAGGAUGCUGCCCCAUGCUCCUGGGGUCCAAAUGCAGGCGAUUCCCAAGGCUGCCAUCCCAGAAGAAAGUGGCGAUGAAGAUGAAGAAGACCCUGACAAGCGCAUCUCAAUCUAUUUCAAACGAACUGCCUGUGAGGAAGAGUUCUCUGACUCUGAUGAGGAAGGAGAGGGCGGCCGCAAGAACUCUGCCAACUUCAAAAAAGCCAAGAGAGUCAAAACAGAGGAUGAAAAAGAGAAAGAUCCAGAAGAGAAGAAAGAAGUCACAGAAGAGGAGAAAACCAAGGACGAGAAGCCAGAAGCCAAAGGGGUCAAGGAGGAGGUCAAGUUGGCCUGA